AUGAAGUCAGACUCCUAUGGCCGUACUGUCUUUGCGAACCUCUGGUCUGGCCCUCCUCGCUGGCAUCCUGUGAUUGACGGCUAUAUCCUUCUCUAUGAUCAUGGAAAUGCUUUGAGACUGGGCGCCCAUGCUGAAGUUCCAAUCAUGACGGGCAACAAUCCGAACGAGAACGAUGGCGUUGCUUCCAACGUGUCCGAGUCCAAGAACCUGUGGACCGAAGUUUUCCAGAAAUACUUCUCAGAGUUCUUCUCUCUUUAUCCUGCCAAGAGCGCAGCCCAAGCUAAGGAGAACUCUGAUGCUGUUCUUUGGAAAGAAUGGCUCAGACUGGUAUUUGAGACUGGACCAGGAUGUGACGCCAAGGAGGCGCAAGAGGAAGAGUCUGGUGGUGCUUACCCCGGUGUAGAGCUCUGGUUUGUUCCAACAAGGCAUCAGACCAACAACAUUGCCUACUCAGACAACUCGACAGUCAGCUGGAAUGAGUCGGACUACAAGGUUGAAUCCGUGAUGUCCAGCUGCUGGGCUAAAUUCACCAGGACUGACAACCCCAACAGCGACGGUCUGACCUACUGGAGCCCAUCCUCGGACAACAAAACAGCCAUGCACCUGGGUAAAUACUUUGGUGCUGUGCCAAUCGCCAAAUCCGCUGAGCGCAUCAGCUUCCUCCGUCGCUGGAUGUCUCUCUUGCACGAUUAUAUCAUUGGAGGUCCCGGUGCUGACAAGGAAAACCACGCGCAAGUGAAGAUCCUACAUAAGUGUGAAUCGGCAGGCCUCCGGGCCGAUGAUCUCUUCCUAUCGCGAAGUGGCGAAAAAUCGAAAUACGGGCGAGGAUACCGAAUUCGGAAGCGCGACCCGAAGUAG